AUGCUUGUUUCAUCUUUUUUAUUGGUCCUUGGCGCAAGCGCCUUGGUGCAUGCUCAAGGCAUUCGAGUCGAACGCUCAGAACACGAUCUCAUUGAGGCAUAUGUCUCCCCAGAGAGUGCUUCCUCUUCCUCUUCAGAGCCAAUGUGGCAUGCAAAACAACAUGGGGACGGUCUUGUGGACCUGAAAUUUCAUCGAUUGAUUCCACGUCAAGACAUAAGUUCAGCGGAUACCGGAACCUUAGCAGACGCUACGGAUACGGCAACACGAGACACAUCAGCCGCACAAACUACAGAAGAUGAAGCCACCACUACGGCUGAGGCUGAGACUACCACGCUCAGAACAACUUCUUCCGUGACAGAAGCAUCAACUACCGACGAAAGCAUCACGUCAUCAACAACCGCAACAUCAACUUCGACCUCAAGUGAACCAUCAUCAACAAGCACGACCUCAACUUCCACAGAACCCGGUGCCUCCUGCUACAGUACAACAGUAAAGACCAGCACCAUCUGCGAGACAACGGGAUUCAGCACAUAUUCGUGUUAUACUGCGAAUAUAACCUCGAGUACAUGUUCUCCAGGCCUUCUAUGCGCGACUCAGUCAAGUAACGGAGUUACUGUCUGCAUGGAACUUCAGAAUGAUAAACUCGCAAUGUCAUCCAAACCAUCCUUCGAUUCCCUUCCCCUCCGCAAAGAUGGUCCUCCGGGAAACGCCUGGGGCCUUUUCGGCGACAAUGACGAAUGCGGGAUGCUAAACCUCUUGACCCCAGAAAUCAUAGCAAAAGCAGCAUCAGAGAUACGCGACGGCGUUCGAGUUUCUACCGAUUGGCCUCUCAAUCGAAUGUCACGACCUUGUUUUGGUCGUGCACCUUUCAAACAUGAGAUUACUACUAAAACUCCUCGUGCUGUUAAUGAUGACACUUUGAUGUUUAAUACGCAGAGUAGUUCACAAUGGGAUGGAUUCAGGCAUUAUGCUUAUCAGAAGGAGAAACUUUGGUUCAAUGGGAAGAGUUUGGAUGAGUUGCUGUCCACGGAUGUUAAUGGCAUUCAAGCUUGGGUUGAGCGAGGUGGUGUCGUUGGACGCGGAGUACUACUCGACUAUGCAUCAUGGGCAGAUAAGAACAACAUCGCCUUAACUCCCUUCGAAACAAAGUCAAUUACCGUCUCAACACUAAAAGAAGUUGCCAAAAGCCAAGGGAAAACCUUCCAACAAGGCGACAUUCUCUUCAUCCGCACAGGCUGGGUUCGAGCCUAUGACAAGCUCUCCGACGACGAGUGUAAAACAUUAGCAGAUUACAAAGUCCCACCAGCUCAUGGCAUCGAGUCUUCAGAAGAAACACUCCGAUGGCUUUGGGAGCAAGACUUUGCAGCAGUUGCUGGAGAUCAACCUAGUAUGGAGGCAUGGCCUUGCCAGAAUACUGAUUACUUUCUGCAUGAGUGGCUUCUAGCGGGCUGGGGAAUGCCAAUCGGGGAGUUGUUUGACCUAGAAGCUCUAAGUAAAGAAUGCGAGAAGAGAAAAAGAUGGUCGUUCUUCUUUUCGAGUAUGCCACUCAAGGUUCCUGGAGGCGUAGCUAGUCCACCAAAUGGCGUAGCUAUCUUCUGA